AGGCGGGCGUGCAGCCACCAGCGGGGCAGUCGCACCUUUCACACACUUUCGGAUGAAGAGCCUAGUCCUCUCCUCUCGUCUGGUCUGAGAAUUAACCAGCUUCGACAUCUCCCCCCGGUAUUGGUGCAGGGCAGGGUGCGGAGCGGACACCUGCUGCUGCCUCGCCGCUCUCACCUCACUGCCGGCGGCCGAGCCAUCGCGAGACACCGGUGAGGAGUAAAGCUCAUCAAAGCUGAAACCUGAGAAGUAGAUGGAAUGCAACGGGAUUAUCAUCUGACCAUUAACCCGAAUGAGGAGAAGCAAUCAGUGUGUAAGAUUACACCUUUUCUGAUCUCCGCUGCACUAGAAUAAUGCCUUUGAGGUCACAAUGUCUACGUUGAAGCACGUUAUCCUGCAGGACAAAGACCAGCGCAAUGAAAAGAAGCUGGACUGGAGUUACAUCGAAUGGGCGGAAAAUGAAGUCAUCGCUAGGGUGGCGGAUGCCCAGACACAAACGGACUUGAGAUCUUUUGAGCACAGGGAGAGUCAGACCAGCCACCCUGUCAUAAUGCACAUAGAUGUCGCACGGACGCAAUCAAAGGCGAGACAUUCGUCUCUGGUGGACAAUGAAGGCCUGGAAGGAACUUUCUUCCAGUUUGACCGCCAGGCUCCCGCGCGCAUCUCCACAUCCCCAACCUUGAGGAGGAUGAGGAGCACCCGGCGUCCAGCGAUGGACUCCUGGGAUCUGGGCAGGAUGGGGAGCACUCAGGAGGAACCGUCACCUGAAAGUACAGCUUUCCCCUUGUCUCCUGCGCACAGAGUCAAGUCUCCUCUCGCAGCCAGCCCCCUCUCUGAUGGAGACGUCUGUCUAGAGCAUCUGUCGGUUUCAUCCUCCGGCCAACACAGAACCAGAUCACGUAGAUCAAAUACCUUUGACAAUGGUGUCACUUCCCCAACACAAGAAUGUCCCACCUCUCAUCCUACUUUCCUUAAAGAUUCUGUAUUUCUUGGUGAUGGUGUGCAGGAGAAGGAAAACUACCAGAGCAGGCUGCAGGAGAGGAGGCGGAGCUCCGUCGUGGUCAGUUUGCCAGGACUGGACGUUUCACCUGGAGACCUUUUUGUCUCCAACGGGGUAGCGGACAUAAUAAAUGGUUCAAACUUCUCUGAUACAAAGAAGUCCAAGUGGCCUUUUUCAAGACGUGGUACGACUAAAGGGAAGUCGCAGACAACCCCAGUAUCAGAUAUUGAAAAAAACCUUUCAACGGUGGAGAUUGAAGACUUUAGAAAUACAGAGUUUCAGAAAUACAAGGGCUUCUCUCUGGCCGAGUUCCUGCUGGACCAGUCCCCCCAGGUCAGCGUGACCUCUGACCUCCAGAGCCGCAAGAGACAAGAAGCCAUCUGGGAACUUUUCACCAGCGAGUGCAUUUAUUACCUGGAUCAGCUCAUGGUUCUCAAAGAGGUGUUUCGGGCUACUCUGGGAAACCUGCAGCUGAGCAACUGCCUCCCUGAUGUUGACACAUGGAGGCUGUUUGCAAACCUCAUUGAACUUUGCCUGGUGAGCUUUAAUUUCCUGAACAACCUCCUGCAUGUCAUCAAGGACACGUUGGACAUCACCCAGGGUGGCGGGCCCACCCUGCUGGAGCUGCUUGGCAAGGCUUUCCAGGAGAGCAUAUGCCACUGUCUGCAGAAGUACUGCCUCAACUACUCCACAGCCCUGAUUUAUCUGGACACCCUCAAGUCACGAGAGGACUUUGGAUCAUACUUAAAGUGGUGUGAGAGGAGUGAACACUGCAAAAGGCUGCAACUACGUGACCUGCUGGUGGCGCCGCUUCAGAGGCUCACUCGAUACCCACUUCUGUUGAGGAAUAUCGCCAAGAGAUGUCAGAAUGAGGAGGAAACCAGAGGCCUGCAGGUUAUAGCAGAGCAAGUGGACACAUCUAUAUGUGUUUUAGAGGGCAGGGUCAAGUGGCUGGACAACUACCAGAAGGUGAAACAGUUGAGAGAUGCCCUGGUGUGGCUGCCCGUGUGGGAAAGAGACAAGCGCGCCGUCAUCCCAGAGACUCUGAAACACCUCCUGAAGGCCGUCACGCUGGAGAACCUCAUCUCUCACAGAAGUCUGCUGCACGAAGGGAAACUGGUGCUCACAGAAAACGCAAAGCUGAUAGAUGUUUAUCUCUUCCUGUUUGACGAAUUCCUGCUGAUCACAAAGAUAAAGAGAAACAAGAAGAAAAGCCUCGGCCCAGAGCAGAACCUGGACCUGGAGCAGCUGCUGAAGGACGGAUUCACCUUUACGGUUCUGGACCAGCCCAUCUCUCUGGACCGGCUUCAAGUCAAGAACAUCGAUCAGCUAAAUGCCUCCACAUCAGGGUUACCUCAUUCUUUCAUAAUAAUGCACCACAACCGCUACCAGCAGUGCAUCGGUGCAUUCAUCCUGCAAGCUGCAUGUGAGGCUGCAAAGAGAGAGUGGAUGUCAAAGAUGGAGGCCGCGGUGACGACGCUGCUGAAGCUGGACUCUCAGCAGCCGCGGGUCAAGAACGCCUCCCUCUACCUGGAGUCUUCACAGAUUUGACUGCACUACAACUCAAGACGAACUUUCUGCCGUCGACGUGCACGUGACUGUCCCCUGAAGUCUUGUAAACCUCCAGCACUGAUUGUUCCCUAGACUGUAUGAGCCCUUAAAUGCGGCUGCUGCCGUAGUGUACAUUAAAUACCUGAUUAUAUAAUCAAG